UUUAAGAACUUCGUUCUCGUCCUUCUGGGCUGCUCCAUCAACUACAUCAAUGGUACCCUGGUCCUCACCUUCUUCAGGAACGAGGUGUUGUACGCUGAACCACGCUACAUCCUGUACAUUCACAUGGUCAUCACCGACAUAGUUCAGCUCUCUGUGGGGAUAGCUCUGCAUGUCGUCAGCUACGCUUUUCCCUCAAUAAAUGUCGCCGUCUGCUGCGUUCUGCUUAUGAUCGCCAGCUUCACCUCCAUGAACACCCCUCUGAACCUGGCCGGCAUGGCGGUCGAGCGCUACAUCGCCAUCUGCAACCCGCUGCGCCACGCCCAGAUCUGCACCGUGCGCAGAACCUACAUCCUCAUCGCGCUCAUCUGGAGUGUGGGGGCCAUUCCGGGGCUGGCCGACCUCUUCAUUGUGCUGGUGCUAAGGCCCUUGUCUUUCUUUUACUCCAGUGUUCUGUGUUAUCACAAAAGUGCUUUCUUCACGUCCGUCCACGAAAAUAAAAAUCGCGUCGCUCACACGCUGUACAUGUCCUUCGUGUGGCUGACGCUGAUCUACACUUACCUCAGAGUCCUCCUGACAGCCAAAUCCGCCAGCACCGACCCGGUUUCGGCCCGAAAGGCUCGGAACACCAUCCUGCUCCACGGGGCCCAGCUGCUGCUCUGCAUGCUGGCCUACAUCUCCCCCACCGUGGACAUGACUCUAAUGUUAUAUUACCCGCAGUAUCGCGCGCAUCUACUGUUUCUGACUUACUUGAUAUCAUACGUCAUGCCCAGAGUUUUGAGUCCGUUGAUCUAUGGUGUCAGAGAUGAGAAGUUUUGCAGAUACAUGAAAGACUACUGGCUAUGUGCACGCUGCAGAAGAAAAGUCACUCCUCAAGCAUUUACGGCAGCAAAAUAA